CUGAAUCGCUAUGAAGUAGACGGAAAAGAGAGAAGCAGAGACGGCCUACGCGAUGAAGAAGAUGAAUUGCACUUGGUAAUCGCAGCAAUUAGGGUCGCAAUUAGGGUAAUGGACAAGGCUGCCAACGAAAUAAUGGAUAUUGAAGGCAUUCAGUCACACCUCCAUGCCUUAAGGCAGUUAUAUGGACUGUUACAAAAUGAUGAGGAUGGCAUGCCAAGGGUGACCGCAGAAACUUUGGACAAUAAAGGAAAGCUUCUGUUAAAAAAGUUAUUGGACAGUGCUACUGAAAGGGUAUUUGAGGUUCAUUCACAGAUCAUAGCUCGUGAGGUUGAUGCAUCUCCGGCAAACAGUUCAUUAAAAGUUGAUGGCAUUGGUAAGCAAGAAAGUGUGGUGGUAGAGGCACCAAAUUUAAUCUUCUCUGCCUGUGAAUCUGAAAACAGAAGGAAACGCUGCAGGAUUUGCCAACGUCCCAAGACUGUGAAGCAUUUUAAACAUAGUAGGAGAGUGAAAUUCACUGAUAAUGGAAGCCAGAGCUCUAUAAGAGUUACUCCAUCACAGGAUAAACCAAGCAAUCAAGUUAGUCACAUUUGGCAGAGUGAUGAUCAGGGAGAAGGAUUUCGAUCGCUUAACACCCAAUUCUGUUUUCCAUCAGGAAGCAAUGAAAGGGAAGAUAAGAGUGGGGUUUUUCUCAGUGGCAUUGGGUCUAUUGUUUCUUCUUCAGCUAAUAGGACAGUGCCUGAGUUUGUUAAAACAAAAGCUAGGCAUGAUGAGCAUAUUCACGAAACUGUGGGAGACAAUUAUUUGUCCAAACAAGUUUCAGAAGCCAUCAAACAAAUUGAACUGUGCAUAUCGACCUUGCAGUUGGAGGCCAAAUAUGAGUCUGGCAAUGCCAUUGCUGAUAAGUUUCUGCAAUUGGAUGUCCCUUCUGCUGUUAGGCAGACACAAGGAUUGAUCCCCAGUUUUGUGAAUGAACCAAACAGCUCAGACCAUGAUAUUGCACAUAAAAAAACUCCAGAUUCUAAGGGUUAUAGAUUCAUGGAACGCCAAAAGGGGACAGCAAAUUCACUUUCUGUGCCUCUGAACUUGAAUACUUGGAAAAUAAAAUCUCCGAGGCCAACAAUGCAGUUUAUUGAAAACAAAAAGGGUUUGGAAAGUCAUCACAAAACUAUGAGACAGACUAGGUUGGGUUCUGAGCACAGUCAACUCACGGAGACCAGAAAGUUGGAUAAAGAUGUGAUUCGAUAUGGAAACCAUGGAAAAAGAAGGUAUAUAAUGCAGCAGGGAUCUGGGGCUACAACAUCGAGCUCAUACUCAAGCCUGAGAAGCAAGCAGCGGCAGCGAAGCAGUUAUGGUAGUAGUAGUAGUACAGAAGAAGGAGACUAUUCAGUGUCGGGGCAGAGCAGUUAUCUGAAAUAUUCAGACGGAUCGAUUAACAGCAGCAGUUGCAGUGACAGUGGGCCCUACCGUUCACGUCGCAUCACAAGAAGCCGUUAUAUGACUGAUUCAAGCAGUGGUGAGAAUGAGGUUUACUCAUCAUCAUCAUCAUCAUCAUCAUUGCCAAGCAGCAGCAGUGCUAGCAGCUUUCAGCAGAGGAGUUGUUCUACACGCAGAGGUGAGAGUGAGAGUGAGACAUCCUCGCAACUAGAUUCUUCUUCUACCCAUUCUGUUGAUUCAUCAUCAAAGACAUCCAGUCCUGUUAGGGUCCACAAAUCUGCCAAUUCGAAGAAAACUAAGAAGACACAAGUUGGGCGGUGGAAGAAGUUGAAGGACAAGCUAGGAAUUAUAUUUCAUCAUCACCAUCACCACCACCACCAUCAUAAUGACAACAAGAAAGUUCAGAAUACUAGUAGUUAUAAUAUAACCAAGGUAAAUCACAAAGAACCUGCACUGAAGCUGCAAGGAAAGAUUCCAAAUUCUCAGAGAAAAUAUGAGGCCUUUGAAGAACAGGCAAUGCAGAAGGUUGGAAAGAACAAGCAGGGCAGCAAUUUUCAGACUCUAGUGAGGGGGCUGAGGCACGCCCGCCAUUUGAAGAAACCAAAGCUACCAAAACACGGCGGGCUACCCUCCAAGAAGGGGACACAUGGGAACAAGAAGGUGGUCAAGGCAUCUCAUUGGUGGCAGCUGUUGCGUCACCAUGGAAAGCUGAAGAAGCCACCCGUGUUGCUCGAUUCAAAAGCUAAGAAAAAGCUUGGGAAAGACUUUUCUAAGAUGAAGGGAUGAGAGGAGGCAAACAUCAUGGUUAGGCAUUUGAGCAUCCAGUAAGAUCAACUCUUCUGGUAUAUUUAUUUAGCUUCGGCAUUGUUUGUACUAUUCAAAACUAAUGAAACACCUACUUGCCCAUUAUGAACUCAUAUAUGUAAUUAUCCUAGCUUGGUGUAAAUAUAUAUCCGGUGCACUGUAAGUUUUGCAUUUUUUUCUGACGUGACAUGAAUUGUUAUAUUAUAGCGAUGGCCCAAUACUCUCCCCAUAAAAGCUUCCUCUAUUC